AUGGAUCUCGACUGGCUUUCGGAGCCAUCGAUUCCAGACGACAAAGCGAGGUUGAGGAGCCUAGCAGUUGCAUACUUUGACCGGGUCCAUCCACAGAGAUGCCUCGGUUUCAUUCACAAGCCGACAUUCAUGCAUUUCCUCGACCGGGGCGUUGUCAGCUUAUGUCAGGAAUAUGGCGAGGCCUUGGUCUUCACCAUUUGUGCCUUGGGUGCUUGGUAUCUCCUGCGCCAUACGCCGGCGAAGCAGCCUGCGCAUCCUCGAGCUCCCGGCCAAGAAUGGGCACUCGGGGGUCGACGACGUGCGCUCGAUAAUCUUGGAACUCCGUCGAUCAACAACCUCAGAGCUCUGGUUUUGUCCUGCGAGUACUGUUUCUUGAGGAGAGACUUUGCCACCAGUUUCAGUCUGAUCGGGUGCUGCUACAGGUUGGCCCGCCUACUCAGGCUAGAUUCGGUCGGGUUCGAGGAGGACGAGAGGACGCGAGCACACUCUGCGGCGAAUCCGACCGAAACCGAAUCCAGAAGGCGUCUGCUCUGGGCUUGCUACAUACUUGACACCAGCGUUGGCUCAGGCGUCGACGCAAACACCUGUUGGCGUGACGGACCUCCUCAGGUGCCACUGCCCUGUCCCGAAAGCGAUUUCAUCAACCAACGAUCCGGGGCCAUCGUCCGACUGUCAGCCAAUGGCGCUUUCGUCCCGCCUGCGCCCGAAUCAGUGGGAAUCCGGGCGUAUGUGGUGCGCCUGAGCUGCCUACGAAGUCGGGUUCUGAGGCUGAUCCGACAGCACAAUCUGAGCACCGAUCCCUGGCACCCAGAGUCGCCUUUUAUGAGACUGAUCAACGAAACCGCCCAAUUCCACGCAGACCUUUCAAGGCAUUGUGCCUUGACAGACCUGAACCUCUACAUCCAGAAAGAGCAACACUUAGUCGGCGCGAUUCACUAUCUUCACUUGGCCUACCACGCAUCGGUCAUUGAUCUGACCAGGAUCGCAUUGCCAGGAUUCAGCUUCCCUCUAGCAUCAACAUUGGCCCACGCGCCUCCGACCUUUCGGACUCAAUGUCAGCAAAGAUGUCGUUAUCACGCCUCAGAGAUAUCCAAAAUCAUUCGAAGGGCACGCGAGUAUGGGCCAGAAGCGUUCGACGAUCACUUUUGCAACGUGGCCACCUUUGAAUCCACAAAGGCACAAAUCAUCUAUUGCGCGACUGUCCGUCCACACGAUGCCGCGCUUCGGUUGGAAGUCGCGGAGGAUAUCAGAACGAACCUGAGCUUGUUGGCUCCGCAAGAACCUCCAGUCGUGGGCAAGCAGCCUUCCAAGCAAGUACGGGGUCUCCUGCCCUUGUUGUAUCGGUUUGGGUUCGAAGAUAUCGCAAAAGAAUGGGAUGAUGAGGGAGCGUCAGGAGUAAAUCAAGAAAUCGAGGUGGUUGGAUCUGCAAAAUUUGACUAUUUGAGCCAGACGGCUGCCUUCCGUCAGGCGGCCGAGACGGAGAUGGAGACCAAUCGCGCCGUCCAUGGCCAACCCGGUCUGCAGAGCAAGCGGUCAGAACGUCAGGAUCCGCCCGUCAUAGACAGCAUCAAACCCUCGGACGCGCUGGGUUCGUUCGACGGGUCAGACAUGGACGAGGCCAACCGGCACCAUGAAGGCAGUUCCAAAUAUACUCCCGAGCGGCCAGCCCCGCCGCAACAAGGUCUUGAGGGUCCCGACUAUCUCAACACGGCACGCAACAUGCCAGACCUGAUGUGGGAUCUGCCCUAUCAACCGGCUUGGUCGGAAUCUGUCUUCCUCGACCAAUCUCUGGAAGAUCCCUCUUUUUGGUGGAGCGAAGUCCCGUGA